AUGCCAAGCAAGUUUAGGAAAGCAAUUGGGGCUGUGAAAGACCAAACCAGCAUUAGUCUUGCCAAGGUUUAUACCAAUAAUACAUCAAGGUCCAAUCUUGAAGUUGUGAUUCUUAAGGCUACGAGACACGAUGAAGCUCCUGUGGAUGAUCGUUACGUUAAGGAACUUCUCAAUCUUAUAUCUUCAAGCAAAGUUUAUGCAGCUUCUUGUGCACAAGCCAUUGGCAGAAGGAUUGGCAAAACCAGGAAUUGGAUCGUUGCCCUCAAAUCUCUUAUGCUUGUUCUUCGAAUUUUCCAGGAUGGUGACCCUUAUUUCCCUAGAGAAGUCCUCCAUGCAAUGAAACGUGGUGCCAGGAUUUUAAAUCUUUCUACUUUUAGAGAUGAUUCCAAUUCAAGCCCUUGGGAUUAUACUGCCUUUGUGAGGACUUUUGCUCUCUAUCUUGACGAGCGCUUAGAUUGUUUCCUUACAGGGAAGCUUCAGAGAAGAUUCACCAACAGAGACAGGAGAAAUGGCCACCAUAGAAGCCGGAGUGGUACUGAUCCAGUUUGUGAAAUGAAACCUUCAUUGUUGCUUGAUAAGAUCUCUUUUUGGCAAAGAUUGCUUGAUAGAGCUAUUGCCACUAGGCCAACCGGUGCAGCCAAGACAAACAAGUUGGUGCAAUGUUCUUUGUACGCCGUUGUACAAGAGAGCUUCGAUCUCUACCGAGACAUUUCUGAUGGGCUUGCGCUUCUUUUAGAUAGUUUCUUUCAUUUACAAUAUCAAUCUUGUGUCAGUGCUUUCCAAUCUUGUGUCAAGGCCACAAAACAAUUCGAAGAGCUUUGCUCUUUCUAUGAUUUGUGUAAAAGUAUCGGAGUUGGAAGAACUUCUGAGUACCCAAGUGUUCAAAAGAUAUCAGAAGAGCUUAUAGAAACAUUACAAGAAUUCUUGAAAGACCAAGCUUCUUUCCCUACACAUAUUAGAUCACCUUCAAAUUUUCUUCUUCCAGCACCACCAUCCCAGGACCCAUCUUCAAGCUCUGAUAGGUUUGAGGCGUGUGAUCAGUACGAAAAGUAUUCUGGGAGAGAAUCUGAAUACGAGUCGCAGUGCAACUCAUUGGAGGAUCUUAUGUGUGUCCAAGAAAUGGGGACAAGCACACCUCCAUAUGCGGACCAGACUGAAGACACCUAUAGCGCCACUGAUUCGGAAUCAAUUCAAUCAUUUCCCACAACAAGCGCAACAAAUAGCGGCUUAGACCUUGUCUCCUUGGACGACUGGCCAACUUCAGAAGAUCAAAAGCAGGAACAAGAACAGGGACAAGGACAACAAACUUCAACAAUGGGUUCAACUUCAGGUCAAAAUGAUUGUUGGGAGAUUGUGCUAGCAGAGACUGCAAGCCAACCACAAGUAAAUUCGACCCCUAUGGACUUUUUCUUCGAUCAAGAUUCAACAGAUUUAGCUGAUGGAUUUGGUAGUCCAUUUGGGAACAGUUUCUCUGGUCAAACUUCACAGCCAGAGUCUGCAAUUCUCAGCAAUUUCUUUGAUCAAGCUUCAGUGCCAGAGCAUUACUACAAUCCAUUUCUACAAGAUACAAUUGAAAUUCCAACGAUUCCCACAACCAAUAAUAACGACCAACUUGUAUUUCCAAUCGACGAUGUGUUUCCAGCAGCUUCUCCAACAUUUAAGGCAACACCAACAUUUUGUGCCAAAAAUCCUGAUGGGGCACUGCCAUUCCCUAAUGAAGAUGAUCCUUUUGGUCCAUACCCUAUGACAAUGGCUAAUACACAUGAAUCUAAUGGUUGCAUGGAUCAGCAGAUGCUGUUACGUGAGCAGCAAUUAUGGCUUCAGCACCAGGACAAGAUAAUAGCCAAGAAUAUGGCUUAAUUAUUUUCUAAUCAAAUAUAAAGCAUCAGAAUCUGUAAAUUAUAUCA